UUUCUGCGCCUCCAUUCUUCAGCGUCCCUCCUCGCCCUCUUUCGUCCGCUAUUCCCGUUCGUCAUCCCCUCCUCGCCGCAUAUCCCGCGUCCCAUCGCCAGCGCCAUGGAUCCCGCACCGCCCAUCCGCCCACAGGUCGUGCGCGGGCGCAACGCAGUGGUGGCGGCGGGGCUGGUGGCGUUCGUGGGUGGCGUGUACGCGUACACGAUGCGCGCCGUGGGGGGCUCCGACGACAUCGGCGACGCCGUCAGGCGACUGGAGAAGGAACAGUCGCAGUCGCACGCGACGAAGGGGACGAAAGCGACGUAGCAUGGGUGUCUAGCUGAACGGUGAAGGGCGGCGAGGCGAGGCGAGUAGAAAGGAGGGCGCAGAUGGCGCGGUAGCGGGCGGGAAGGCAUGCGGGAUGAUGCGCCAAGGAAGCACGCUGCUUGACGUACGCCGUGGCUGAGUAGAAUUGGCGCUGUGCAGAUGUAUUGACCAUGUGCACACGCGUGGUGUGGGCCAUGUGCAGUUUUAGUGGCCUGUUCAGGAAGCACGAAGCAGCAUUGGCCUAUGUUGCAAUAAUAGUUACUAUGGCAAUAGGACAGGGCUGUGUAUCUACCAGAUCGGCAAAAAACCCACAUGGGUAGAUAAAU